CACGGACAGACCGCAUGCGGCCGUAGUCACCGCGCAGUGUCGUCGCCGCCACCGUCAUGACAGCAGUAUCGUCCACGUACUUUUGGUCAAUGCUCGUUUUCACGAUGGUCCACAACACCAAAGAAAUUCUAUUCAGCGAUACACCAAAAUUCAGCGACCGGAUGGAUAAUUUAACAGUAAGUGUCGGUCGAGAUGCGAUCCUCGAGUGCGUCGUAGAAUCGCUGUCGACAUAUAAGGUUGCCUGGCUGAGAGUGGACACACAGACGAUACUGUCUAUACAGACGCUUAUAGUGACGAAAAACAACCGAAUGGAAGUAACGCACACGGACCAAAGGGUGUGGAGACUGCACAUCAAAAACGUACGACAGAGCGACCGUGGAUUUUAUAUGUGCCAGAUAAACACGGACCCCAUGAAGAAUCAAAUCGCGUAUCUUGAUGUAGUCGUACCUCCAGAUAUUCUAGACUACCCAACCAGUUCAGACAUGGUAGUACACGAAGGUAGUAACGUGACAUUGCAAUGCGCCGCUACAGGAUACCCAAGUCCAACGAUAACAUGGCGAAGAGAAGACAACCAUAACAUCGUGAUUUCUAACACGUUAACUGUUGCAGUAGUGGAUAGUGCGACGCUAACCUUUCAUCGUGUGACGAGACAACACAUGGGUUCAUAUCUUUGCAUUGCUUCCAAUGGCGUGCCACCGACUGUCAGCAAGCGCAUUACUCUGAUCGUUCACUUCGCUCCCAUGGUUUGGAUUCAAAAUCAACUAGUCGGCGCUUUUGUGGGAGAUCGAUUGUCAAUAGAAUGUCACGUUGAAGCAUUCCCAAAGUCCAUAAAUUAUUGGUCGUCAGAAAACGGAAACUUACUAACUCAAGGAGAUAAUUACGAUACAACGUUAAAAGAAGUCAAUUAUAAAACAGAAAUGAGAUUAACUAUUAAUCAAAUAAAAGAAGAACAUUUUGGAACAUACCAUUGUGUUUCAAAAAACUCUUUAGGUGCAACGGACGGGACUAUCAAAGUUUAUAAAUUGCCAGGAAAAAACUGGAACAAUAAUUAUCAAACGUCCGUGACGGCUUCAAACAACGGCCUGCAGCAUAUUACAGGGUCCACAUCUGAUAGAGAAGGGAAAAAUAACUGUGUAUCGAUCAAUCCUAAACCUUCAGUAAUUAUUUAUUGUAUUCUCUUAUGCGGAAUACUGUUAUCCAAAUCACCAUAACCGUUUAUCAAAACGACAUGUUAUUUUUAUAAAAAACAGGGUACCAUAAGUAUGUAAAGUUUGUAUAUUGUUCAUGGUAUAGUAUAUUAUUUAUUAGUUGUCAAUACCGUGUUAACUAUACGCAUAAUAUUAUAUAAGGUAAAUAUAACAAUAAUAUGAUAUGAUGAUUUUAAUGAUGGUGAAUUAUUGUCUAAAGAAAACAUCUUAUUUGACAAUAUAGUAACGGAUUUCUAUAAUUUUAAGACGUGUUUGAGCAAGAAAACAAAAUUCGUCAUAUAAUAUGUAAAUAAAUUGUCAAAUAAAUAUUAUGUGUUUAUAUAUAUAUAUUGCAAUUAUACAAACAAUCGCAAUAAGACUAACGCGAUUAGUAUUAACUUAAAUUUAUUUUGUUUGAACACUGUUCACGAACAAAAUGUAUAACUGUACUUCCAGCCCUCGGUAGGAAUAAGAUGUUAAAAAUUAUUUUUGGAUAGGGUAUAGCUACGUUGUAGCUUGUAAUUCUGUAAUUCAUAAAUCACAAGUUUUAUACAUGUAGGUGUACCUACCAAACCAUUAUCAGAAAUACAUAUUUUUAGUUGACUUAAUCGUUACUAAAUAAAUGCAUUGACCAAAUAUAUCAUUUUCAUUAUAUUAUUAUGAUAAUAAUAAGUAAAAUGUUCUCUGUGCGGAGGCGUUUUAA